AUGGAUCUUGUGCUGAAUGUCUCCGACUAUUACGUCCUCACACCGUAUGUGUACCCUGCCUCGUGGCCUGAGGACGGGGCGCUGCGGCAGAUCAUGAGCCUGCUGGUGCUGACCAACCUCGGGGCUGCAGUCCUGUACCUGGGCCUGGGCGCCAUCAGCUACUUCUUCAUCUUCGACCACAAUCUGAUGAAACACCCACAAUUCCUCGAGAAUCAGGUUCGGAGGGAGAUCAAAUAUGCAAUGACCUCUCUUCCCUGGAUCAGCAUCCCCACCGUGGCCUUGUUUUUCGCUGAAGUUCGAGGAUACAGCAAACUGUACGACAACGUCCACGACUCUCCGCUGGGUUGGCCCGGGCUCUUCCUGAGUAUGAUCUCCUUCCUGCUUUUCACUGACAUGUGCAUCUACUGGAUUCAUCGCUUCCUGCAUCAUAAGCUUAUUUACAAGCUGUUUCACAAACCGCACCACAUAUGGAAGAUCCCUUCUCCCUUUGCCAGCCACGCCUUUCAUCCAGUCGACGGCUUCAUGCAGGGACUCCCGUACCACAUCUACCCCUUCUUCUUCCCCCUCCACAAGGUGCUCUACUUGGCCCUGUACAUCUUCGUCAAUAUCUGGACCAUCUCUAUCCACGACGGUGACUACCGUGUCCCCGGCGCUCUGACGAGUGCCAUCAACGGCUCGGCUCACCACACCGACCACCACCUCUUCUUCGACUACAACUACGGCCAGUACUUCACUCUGUGGGACCGGCUGGGCGGCUCCUACAGGCACCCGUCGGCUCUGAUGGGGAAGGGUCCUCACGAUCUGAUCCGGAAACUUCAAGCAGAGGGGAAGUUGGGGGAAAACAGAGGGAAGGUGAAAGGAGCCACGUGUAAGGAGGAGUAACAGCAGAAGUUAUGAUUAAAUGCUGAAAGUGAUCUAUUUUUGUAAAAGACAAUGUGCUACACACAUACUCAAACAUAUUGGAGCGUAAUCUGAGUUCCUGUCCUUGCCAAAAUAUGCUGUUGUGAGAUUUAAAAUACUAUAAUGAUAGGAUGCACGUUAGACGACGUCCUCUGGAUGGAGGCUUUGGGAUCGCUGCAUCCUGUAACGUACCAAUCAAGCCGAUGAGCAGAGCGGACAGAGUUGCCGUUAUUGUCGUGCAGUGCUUGUAAUUGAAGCAGAGGGUGAUAGAGUGACUGUAUACAGGCGCAGAAGAGCUUUCUGCAAAUCAAGAAACAACAGAGGCAAGAGACGUGAGGAGCAUCGCAAGGCUGGAGCUCCAUCAGUGAGCGACACUAACUCAAAGGGUUGGACCUGAAACUGGUGUCACAAGGAUGGAGUUUCACAACAUUUUAGAUUUAACAAGUAAGAUUUAAUGGUCGGGACGGAUUCAAAGGAGCUGGUGUACAAGAUUACAAUGUAAGGUUCAUGUUCAUUUCUUAAUCCAAGUCUUCUCUGGUCUGAUUGCAUCAUUAGUGUGAGAAUAAAACUCAUUUCCUCCUG